AUGCACAUACUAAUUUUCAAGAAGCCAACUAGUGUCACUGGUAUUCAAUUCCUUAAACAUAACGAGAAUCUGUUGGCUUCUUCGGGUGCCGCGGAUGGAAUAAUCAAAUAUUGGGACAUACGAUACCGCAGUCUUGCUAAAUUUCCCGUCCAGACUUCAACCGAUUGCUCCACUGCUAAACGACCUCAUGGAAUAUCAUGUUUGACCUUGGAUCACAGUGGUCGUCGGUUAUACGCAAACAGCACGGACAAUUAUAUCUAUGUAUACAACGCCGCAGAUUUGGGAAUGCCAAUAACCCGAUUCCAUCAUUCAACCUAUCGAUGUUCGUCAUUCUACAUCCGAAUGGAACUAUCGCCGGAUGAUCGAUAUUUAAUAUCUGGGUCAAGUGAUCGUGGGAUUCACAUCUGGGAAACCGACGCGCCUGAACGACCGCCUAUUGUCUUGCAAGGCCACAAGCAUGAAGUUACGAGUGUUGCUUGGUGUAGAAGCGACUUUGAUAUUAUCGCUUCUUGUUCGGAUGAUCUAACAUUACGUGUUUGGCAUCGUCGCGGGUUUGAUGAAUGA